AUGGCAGCUAGGGACCGCUAUGGUGCCUACGCUGAUGUCGGGCUCACACCGCUGCAACGAGCCAUUCGAAAUGCCUGUGAUUUUUCUCUCUACGAGCCCAACCUUGCCCUGAACCUCGAGGUUGCGGACCUGAUCAACUCCAAAAAAGGCAACGCUCCUCGAGAGGCAGCAUUUGAGAUUGUCCGCCUGAUUAAUUCCCGAAAUCAAAAUGUCGCAUUGCUGGCGUUAGCGCUUCUCGACAUCUGCGUCAAAAAUUGCGGUUAUCCGUUCCACCUCCAAAUCAGUACAAAGGAGUUUCUCAAUGAGUUGGUUCGUCGUUUCCCGGAAAGACCGCCAAUGCGGCCCUCCCGGGUGCAGCACCGGAUUCUGGAGUCGAUUGAAGAAUGGCGGCAGACUAUUUGCCAGACGUCGAGGUACAAGGACGAUCUGGGCCAUAUCCGUGACAUGCACCGCCUGCUCUUAUACAAGGGCUACAUGUUUCCUGAAAUCCGUCAUGAGGAUGCCGCUGUCCUGAACCCAAGCGACAACCUGCGUUCGGCUGAGGAGAUGGAGGAGGAGGAGCGGGAAGCACAAUCGGCGAAGCUGCAGGAAUUGAUCCGCCGAGGCACGCCGGCGGACCUGCAGGAAGCCAAUCGGUUGAUGAAAGUGAUGGCCGGUUUCGACACAAGACACAAGACCGACUACCGGGCUAAGGCAGCAGAGGAAGUGGCCAAGGUGCAGCAGAAGGCUAAGAUUCUGGAGGAGAUGCUGCAGAGCCACAAGCCGGGCGAUCGGAUUGCCGAAGGCGACGUGUUCGAGGAACUUGCGAGCGCACUUCAAAGUGCUCAUCCGAAGAUUCAGAAGAUGUGCGAGGAAGAGUCAGAUGACCCAGAAGCUGUCCAUAAACUGUUGGAAAUAAAUGACAGCAUUCACCGCACCAUUGAACGCUACAAGUUGGUUAAGAAGGGUGACUACGAUGCGGCAUCCAGGAUUCCCAAGGGUACUCUAGGCACUACGACGGGGGUAUCGAAGAACGCAAACAACGAACUCUCCUUGAUCGACUUCGACCCGGAGCCGAGCUCGAACGGCAAUGCGCCGCCAGCGGCCGGGGGCAGCUCCUUGGAGAAUGACCUGCUUGGCUUGUCAAUAGAGGAGCCAAUCCCUGCAGGUAGUAUCUCGUUGGGACCUGGAAACAUGGCUACGUCUGCCAACCCACCGCUACAACAAGCCCCUGCAGGAUUCAAGCCUUCUUACGAUAUCAUGGCUUCAUUCAACUCGUCCCGACCGGUCCCGCAGUCUUCCUCCCCGGCUCCCCGUCCACCACAGCAACCGACUGCGACCCCGACACCGCCGCCCCCUGCGAGCGAUCCUUUUGCAGCUCUCGUGUCCGCAAGCCCUCGGGCCUCCAGUCCCUUCCCGUCCGGAGCUUCUUCGACUCAGUCACCCGCAGCUGCUUCUUCGUCUCUCCUCGACUUGGUGGGAGCUGGUCCUCCUAACACUGCAGCUGCCAGUGGUAGCAGCGCCAAGGCACAAGAAGAUGACGAGUGGAACUUUGCUUCCUCACUGCCGGAAAGCAACGCCCUCCCAACCACUAAUAAGGUGCAAGUUUUGAACUCGUCUUUACGGAUCGAGUUCGUUGCACGGCGGCAUCCCAGCCAGCCCCGGCAGAUCCACGUGGUAGCCCUGUUUUCGAACACCACCGGCCAGCCGCUGAAUGAGCUGCACUUUCAGGUGGCCGUAGAGAAGUCUUAUACAUUGCAGCUCCGGCCGCAGUCUGGACGAGAUAUCGGACCGCUGCAGCAGAACGGCGUCCAGCAGGAGAUGUUACUAGAUGGGGUCGAUGCAGGCAAGGGUAAUUCGGUCAAGAUUCGGUUUAGAGUGUCGUACAAGGUAGGCGCCGAGAGGAAAGAAGAACAAGGGAUGGUGCCACCAUUGGGAAUUGCCUAG